GACACCAACGCCGAAACCACUCAUCGCCGUGCCAUCUUCUUCGACAGUCACAACUCGGAUCGAACUAUAGACUGCGACGACAACGCUCAUCAUGCCGGGCUUCGACUUUAGCAACCAUAACAGAAACCUCGCCCUCCACGCCGCUGGCGUUCCGCUCCCCAAAGCCACAUCCACCGGCACCACCAUCGUUGGCGCGCUCUACAAUGGCGGAGUUGUCAUCGCAGCAGACACGCGAGCCACGAGCGGUCCCAUCGUAGCAGACAAGAACUGCGAGAAACUCCACUACAUCUCCCCCCAAAUCUGGUGCGCCGGCGCAGGCACAGCCGCAGACACCGAAUUCACUACCGCCCUCAUGUCCUCCAACCUCGAACUCCACGCCCUAUCGACCGGCCGCAAACCCCGCGUCGUGACCGUCAUGACCAUGCUCAAACAACAUCUCUUCCGCUACCAAGGCCACAUUGGUGCAUACCUGGUCGUCGCAGGUUGCGAUCCUACCGGUGCCCACCUCUUCACUGUACACGCACACGGAUCUACCGACAAGCUUCCUUACGUGACGAUGGGAUCUGGUUCAUUAGCUGCCAUGUCUGUGUUUGAGACACAGUGGAAGCCGGAUUUGAGCAAAGACGAAGCGGUGAAGCUGUGCGCGGAUGCGAUCGAGGCGGGUAUCUGGAACGAUCUGGGUUCGGGAAGCAACGUGGAUGUUUGCGUAAUAACCAAGGAGAAGACGACGUUGAUGAGGAAUUACAUUACGCCAAACGUGCGAGGGAAGAAGGAGAGGAAUUACAAGUUCCAGAGAGGUACGACGGCUGUUCUGAAUGAGAAGGUGAUUACGAAGGAAGAAAUCAGCAAGUAUGUGACGGUGCAGGACAUUGGCGAUGGAGAAGCGGGCGUGGCAGAGAAGAUGGACGUUGAUGCAUAGGUGUGGGAUUUCCGAGAUGGAUGAGAGUGCUGCUAUCGCUGGAACUCCCAGCGAAAGCAUAUGUAUGAGUAGGGCAUUCUCGCGAACACACUUCGCGACGUGGCGUUACAGUGCUACAGUCACCAGCAUGGGCUGAUAGAUUGAGAUGCCUCGUGCUUUUAUGAACAUGUUACGAAUAACCACCCUUUUUCACCACCCUCCAUCGCCAUCACCUCGUACGUUACCGGUUGCGAGACCAGACCGACCAUGUGAACCCGGACCCUAGCCGAAUCGGCGCAAAGAAGGCCUUGCUUCUGUGUCGGCCAUCAAUGCGGCAAGACUCGGUCUGACAGUCGAGAGUUGGUCCAAUGCGAAGUGCUACAGCCGCUCUAAUGAUCUUGCAGUGCACUCGCUUCGAUAGUAUACAGAGCGCACAGCGACGCACGCACUCCCAUUCGACCAUCCUGCGCGGUAUACGUCGAGCCGCCUUGAGUCCUGCUAGUUCCUCAUUGUAGCAGUGCAGACUUCCCAGCGUUUCAGGAGUUUGUCCGGUUCCCAAGUCGAACAUCGCGCAAUGUGCUUUCCAGAAUGCGACAUCAACCGAACGCUGGUGGCUGAUUAACGCCAAGUCGGGGGCAUCGAGAAACUUUUGAAGAAGUGUCCAAUGCCUAUUAUCUCAAUGUAGGCGCGUUUCAGGUCCAGUCCAGCCAAGUCGAUAGUUCAACACAUUGCCGCGGCGAACCUCCAACCAGCAUACUUGAACAUGUCCCGAGCUCUUCAUCACUAACACUAUCCUGCAAAAUAUACCCGCAGGCGCUCGCCGGAAAGUGCAAAAGGUGCCGAAUGGUUUCAUCACCGAGAAGGUCCAGGUAAGUGCAAAUAGCCAGACAAUCUCUCUUUGCUCUUAGUGUACACCACCACAAAUCCCCAACACUGGUCAGGAGAGCGAACCAGUAGCCGAGGAUGAGCAGCGCUUUGUGGUCAUUCUCCUCCACCAAUGCGAUAAAUGAAGGAUAGAUUCUUGCACAAAGGUGCAUGUAUUUGAUCAAGCUGUUCAGGCCGGGCUCUA